UUGCGAAUAAGGUAAAAUAUUCCUAGCCAUAGUAAAGCUGGAUGCGACCGUAGGAGUACGUAUGGCUGUCAACGAGAUACAGUCUUCAAGUGAUCUUGCAGGCUUCUUGGGGACAGCUUCACGUGUAUCAACAUUGGUAAUACUAUAUAGUCAUCUAUGACGGACCAGCACCGCAGUAGGCCUGGAGACUACCCAGGUAGGGGCACAACCAUUCUACCUAGCCGCACAAGGGUCAAAGUCAAAGAAACCAGAUCGAAAGUGUUCGAACUCAAGCGCUUCGAGGCGACUUGUGGCUUGAGAGCAUAUGUCUUUCGCUACGCGGUACCUCCAAGGCUAGAUGUGAUGGCCAGGUGGGGAGGCCAUGUCACGUGGUGGCCCACGUUCCUCGUCGACGCGUCGCGACUCUCCACUAUCGAUAACAUCGUCCGAUCAACAACGCCCAGCAACCCCUCCAUGUAGAACAAAAGCGCAUCGACGUGAUGGCUACCGCCCCCGACUACAAGAACAUCCCCCACUCCCACCGUCUGCCCGUAAACCACCGCGAAGUCCAGCGAACCUUCACCAAGCUCUCCCGCCAAUCGCUCGUAUCGCUCGCGCUGCAAUGGCUCAGCAAGAAGAACCGCGACUUCUGCAAGCCAUACCUCCUCGGCGAUCGGAUACAGGACGAAGCUGAGGAGGAGAUAUACGAGCCGGCGCAAAGCUAUGAGGUGCUCCAAGAGACGUACAAACAGCUCGCCGCGCGCAAAGGUGGCAGGAGGGAGGUGCUCGACCGCAUACUCGAGGGAGACUGGCGACAUGGCAUAUCCAUGUACCAGCUGGCAACGUCCGAGAUCCAGUACCUCCUCGAUCAUCCAAAUGCCCUGCGCUGGACAGCCAAGCGUCUUACCAAAAUACCGAGUGCGCGAUCGCCAGUUACGGACAUGGAAGUCACAAACGAUUCAGACCACCUCCCACGUUUCCAAGCGCAAACCUUCAUGUCAAAUCUCGCAAGAGAACUGACGCCACUCAUGAAGGCGCAUUACCUGAUGACACGGAUUAAAACAUCGCCCAUAACCAUACUACGCGUCUACAUACACGAUUCGCCCUACAGCAACGAGGCAUCGCUGACCGUAGAGUCCAGUAGCACGGACAGCGCGAAAGCAGUCUUCUUCGUCUGGCCAAACGGCUCGCCUUUCGUAUACUCGUCGCUAGCAACGCUCACCGGCCAGGUCGUCGGGGAUGAGGGGCGACAUCUGAGGGACGUCGUGCAACAGGCAAUACCCAAAGCUUUCUCGCGACCUUCUGCGCGUUACCAAUUGACAAGCACAAACUUUACCACCAAGUCACUCGAUGCGCUCCUCACGUACCGCGGUCCCGGCAAGAGCAACGCAGCAGCAGGUGGUUGGAGCAUCUUUCAGGAUCAUAGUUUCAGCCAGAAUGCACUAGAUUUCAUUACCACACAAAAAGGCGACGGACAAGAGAAGAAUGCAGGCGACAAGACUGGGCCAGGCAGGCCCAAGCGACCACUGGACGGCAAAGAGUCUUCAGAGGCCAAACGUAGGAAAGAGAUAGCCGCUGGCCGGUUCGGUAGCUCGGCGCAGCCCGACGAUGGUCAAGGCCUUGAACGAGUCGAAGUUCGCAUUGAUGACCCAUUCCCGUCUCCCGUUAGUGGCAGCACUGCGACACAAGUAGACGGUGAGACAUCGAACCUCGAUGCCCAAACUUCCCACCAGGCGCGACGUGGCCGUCCGUCCCUUCUCGAUAGAACCGCGGAAGAUCUCGAGGAAAUACGAAGCGAAGAAGGCUGGGUACCGAAUGUGCGGGUCACUUUCCAAGGAACGCAUGUAUUUGCUGGCAUCAGACAACUGGUUGAAGAGGGCAUUGUAGAUGGCGAGAAGAUGCCAGGUUGGAUGACUGGCGAAGCAGGUGUCACAAUAGGCUCGGUCAAGGACGGGCGCAUUCGGAGCAAAGGGGGUGUCCCGGGAGUAUGAACUGGUGCUUGAAAUUACAAUGCGCGGCGCUGGCAGGUGUUUCUGAUAUCCAUAUACCCAUUACGAUCAUGCGGCGCAUGGCGUUGUUCUUAUACUCUGACACAAGAUAUGAUAUUGUGCUUCCGUAGUGAAGGCUUAGCUUUGAAUGUGAACUUUGAAAGGUCGAAGUUGCAUUCUGCCUUGCAAACGAAG